AUGACGUCCGGCUCGGCCACUUCGGUGCAUACCCAGUCUUUGUCUUGCUCUUUUGUGGUUCCUCGACGGCACUCAACAUCGGUGCAGAUUACUGUACAACCAAACAAAGAUCCGGUCAAGACAGGCAGCAGCUUGCUCUUCCCAGAACAGCCUCUCGAAAGUUUUGUCGACUUCCCAUUCUGCAGUGCCAAGAUUGACUCGCCUACGGACUUUGGCUAUGCUUCAAUGUACGGAUGGCUACAAGUAGUGCGAGAAGCUCCGCUAAGCUCGCAAUCGACGACAUCCAACUCCGCCGAGUGGGAGCUAGACCUGAUUCCUGUCACAACCGACCUCAAUAAUCCCUUGAUCUAUUUCGGCGCAGAGCCGCGACUGUUCGAUGCUCCCUACAGGGCAGAAAGGAUAGACAUGGACUGGACCAGCUGGAGCUUCUUGACUUACAUCCCAGACUGUCUCAUGACCAAAGUGGUACGCCCAAUCUUGGCCAUCGAGUGGGGUUUUCGAAUCGAGCGUGGCAAUGUUACUAUCAAGACAUUGAGACUGUUAGAUAUUAAUGAGGCCUGGGACCACCAACGAGUUAUACUGGCAAGAGAAUUUGCUGGCUGGACAUUCGAGCCAGUGGACCAAGAUCUUGUGGUAGAUGACGUAUCCGAGCGUCCAGAGUAA